AUGAAACUAUUCAGGAGCUCUCUUCUCUGUUCCUCUCUGUUCGCCGGAUACGUCAUCGCAGGUAGUCGUAUCUGGCAACCGCCAAUAGACGACAAUGCGGCACUGCAGAAGCGGUACUUUCACGUCAAUCCAGACGCCAAUAUAAGAGGUUACGAGGCUACAGUAUGGCCAGACAAGACAAUUCGCGUGUGCUACAGAGACAGGGCCACCAAAGACAAAUUCCACCUCGACCUCAUGGCUGCGCAUCAAAUCUGGGUGAGAGCCGGACUGGGCGAGGACUUUAGAAUCGAGGCGGCCUCGGACGCAGACUGCGCCGACCAGGAAAAGCUCAAGGAUUGUCUUUUGGUCUCAACGGGUGACAGUCUAGCUACGACGCCGGGAUUUCCAACAGAGGACUCUUUUCGCCGCAAGUCUGGAAAUAGAGGGCCCGAGAUGUCUCUUUCAGACGACCAAACCAUUGGAAUGCUCAGCAAGGUCCCCAACUAUGCACACGAGUUGGGCCACUCCAUUGGCUUGUAUCACGAACACCAGAACCCCAACUUCUGGGCAACUGGGGACCAAAUCAAAUAUGCUGAGGGUGGUACUGUGUUUGGUCCUUCAAACAACAACAACUGGCGCUGCCAGAACCUCAAGGACUAUACCAGUGCCGUCAUUGGCUUGGUUGUGCAGAAUCCGCGUGGACAGCAGAAUGUCGAUAGGUCGGACUUGUGCAAGGAUUGGGCCUAUGCUAAGAGUGCUGGAUUUAGUGCAGGUGAAUAUCUGCCAAUGCCUGCAUCUCUAGGGUUCUCUCAGCCUGGCAAAACUGGCGGUGAUGUUGACUGGAAGUCCAUCAUGAUCUACCCUUCUGGCGCUGGAGCCAUCGAUGGUUCUGGAGAUCCAGAGGAUCCUCGUAUGCCCAUCUUGCUGGAUCACAAAGGUAAAAGAAUCCCAAUGAACCGCUCCCCAAGUCAGUUGGAUAUUCAUGCAGUGAGAGGAAUGUAUGGUGUUAAAGACAGUAAGGGAAGACAGCUGUUGAACAAGGCGAGGAAUUUCCCCAAGAUCUACGAUUUAAGCAAGGGAACGUCAGGAUGUUUGUAA